AUGGCUUCAACUUCAAUCACCACUUUCUUCAUUUACUCCGAAUCCCAAUCAAAGUUCCGCAAUUUGCUUGGCCACCCACUAAUUCAUACCCGCAGCAGACCCACAUCAAUUUCGGUUCAGCCAGCCAUGGUUUGCGCCACCCUUUUCUCGACAUUCACUUGCUCCCACACCCCUUGCACACCCUCGUCGAGUUUUUCACCGGGAAGAGCUUUAUCCAAGUUCCUUUCAGAAAAGGUAGCAGUUUUUCUCAUUGGGUCGUUUCUCUUGUCAGGUUGCUUCAGCAAAAGAGCUGCUUUCGCAGAAGCAGCGCCUUCUGUGGGUUCUGGUGUUGUGUUAGAGGAGAAGAUGAAGCCCGCAGAAGAGAAAAAUGAGGAAGAAAAAAGCGAGGAAGAGAAACGCGGAGAAGAAAAGAGUGAGGAAGAGAAACUCGAGGAAGAGGAGGAAAUGUGGGAGAAGGUUUUGGAGAAGGAUCCGAGAAAUGUUGACGCUCUCAAGGUGGUUUUGUAUGGGAAGAUUAGGAGAGGGAAGUCCAAGGAGGCUGUGAAGUUCGUGGAGGAUUUGAUUGCUGCAGAGCCGAAAGAGGUUGAGUGGAGGCUUUUGCUUGCACUUUGUUAUGAGACAAUGGGGCAACUGAGUAAAGCUAAAAGAUUGUUCAGAGAAAUCUUGAAGAGAAAGCCUCUUCUACUCAGAGCUUUGCAUGGUUUGGCUAUGGCAAUGCAUAAAAACCGUGAAGGUCCUGCUAUAUUUGAAAUGCUAAAUAAGGCUCAAGAGUUAGCUUCUCGUGAGAACAGAGUUACCGAGGAGAGAAAUAUAAGAAUCUUAAUUGCACAAAUGCAUGCUGUACAGGGUAAUUUGGAGGAGGGCUUACAGAGAUUUCAAGAAUUGAUUGAUCAAAAUCCUCGAGAUUUUAGGCCUUACAUUUGCCAGGGAAUAAUAUACAGUCUCUUGGGUAAAAAUGAGGAAGCUGCAAAGCAGUUUGAAACAUAUCAAACUCUUGUGCCUGAAGAAUUUCCUCAGAGGAGAUUUCUGGAUGAUGUUGCCAUAACAGCCAAAAGAACAUCCCUUGAAAAGUUUAAGAAAGCAUUUAGAAAUCAAUUUUCUUAUCGGUAA